AUGUGUGAUACAAUCGGAAUGAUUGAACGCGCUAUUACCCUUUCGGGGACUAACGCGUUCAGCACCACACUAUGCGGAUCCUUUGUGUCGUCUAUCUCUCAGUUUUCUAUCGACCAAAGUACUAGCUUCUCAAAUACGGUCCGUACUUCGUUUUAUGGCCAGAAUAUCAUCUUUGCGUUUCCUCAAUGUGCUUGUUAUUUAAGGCACGUUGACAGCGCGAAUAUUCUGAUUACCAUACUCAGUCAUUGGGAUUUGAACGAUAAGAAAGUGUCACAAGCUGCCGCUGAGAAAACCAUUCAAUUACUUGGUAGUGAUCUGUCCUGUUGUGCACUUACCUUAGUUUAUUUUGGUACAUAUCUAUCCCUGAACUAUGGAUUUGUUCUCAAUGCUUCUCAUCAGACUACCUUGUCUGUACGACAGUUGGGAUCAUUAGUCGCAUCGUGCGCCAAGCUCAGCUACUUCGAUGCCCGUGUGCAACGGCGCCUGGCGAAAGAUCUCCUAGUUGACGUUAAUAAUAUUGAUAACUGGGCGGAUGUCUCGUCUCUUGUGAAUUCGUUCAGCAGACUACGAUUUGGUGAUAUGAUGGCCUGGAGUGCGCUCGCUCGUUGGGUGAACAACCAUGUCGAUGAGGCUCCUCUCGAAUCCCUGUCUAUUAUUGUCUCAGGAAUGGCGAGAAGUGGUAUUGAGGUACAUCUACAUUACUACCUCACUUUUCUGUAUUGCUUAACAAACUCUCAAAAUGCUUGGCUCAGCACUGUUUACUCUCUAGCGUAUUUCCGAGCUCUUUCUCCAGCGUUGUCACCUGGGUUUAAACGAUGCACGUACUAUACGUUUGGGGAGAUACUGGAAUUUUUGAUAAUUUACACUCGUCUUCUUGCAAUAAACAAAUGGGGCGGAAGCGUGCCACGGCCCAUCAUUUUCUUUGGUUGGGGUCAAACGCGUCAGGUUUGGUCAUUCUAA